UGUGGCUUACUCCUAUCUUGGCUAGUUUUUUACGUCUUGAGUUUAAAGUAUACUUAGGCGCAGUCAGAGUGAUGGUUUGCAGAUAAUUCCAAUGAGUGCAAAGAAAACCACAUUUAUUUAUAUAUUUUUAAACUAAGCAGUAUCCCUGCCAGCCAUAAGGAAUGACCCAUCGCUCGGAACGUCGUGGAAUUCAUGUGGACCAGUCAGAGCUGCUGUGUACGAAGGGGUGUGGUUUCUAUGGCAAUGCGGCCUGGCAUGGUCUCUGCUCCAAGUGCUGGCGGGAAGAGUACCAACGAGCUGGACACAAACAGAUCCAGGAAGAUCAUGCACUAGCUGAGAGGUUACAAAGGGAGGAGGAGGCAGCUUAUGCUAGCAGCCACCAGGGGGCAGCCCAGCCUCGGUCACUGCCCCAGCAUGCCAUUGCACCCUUCAGCAAGUUUGAAGAGAGGAAAACUAAGGAGAAGUCACGGAAAGUCAACACAGUGACAAAAUUUUUUACUCCCUCAGCAAAGACACCGCCCAAAAAAGACUCUGUCCCUGGCGAGGGCCAGUCAACCCCCAGCCCCUCUUCAAGCCGCCAGCCUGUAGAGACUGACCGCACUACACAAGAAUUCAUCAACUUUCUGAAGACCCUGAAACCUGGCAGAGAGAUCUUCAAACAGUGCCGGGCCUUUACAGAGAGCAUGGCCUACAAGAGGGACCUGUCUGCUGAGGAGCAAUCUGAGUACGUACAGGACUUCUACCAGAAUCUGUCGGACCGCUUGCAUUCACACUUUAAAGGGUCUCCGGAGCGUGUAGAGAGUGUGAUGGAUGAGGUGGAGCGCUACAUGAUGACGCGACUCUACGAGGAGGUUUUCUGUCCAGAGACCACAGACGAUGAGAAGAAAGACCUGGCUGUUCAGAAGAGAAUCAGAGCCUUGCAUUGGGUCACCAUAGAGAUGCUGUGUGUCCCAGUAGAUGAGGAGAUUCCUGAGGUGUCUGAUAAUGUGGUCAAAGCCAUUACAGAUGUGAUAGAGAUGGACUCGAAGCGCGUCCCCAGGGACAAGCUGUCCUGCGUCACGCGCUGCAGUAAACACAUCUUUAACGCCAUCAAGACCACUAAGAAGGAGGCAGCAUCUGCGGAUGACUUCCUGCCCACGCUGAUCUACAUCGUCCUGAAGGCCAACCCUCCACGCCUGCAGUCCAACAUCCAGUACAUCACCCGCUUCUGCAACCCCAGCCGCCUCAUGAGCGGAGAGGAUGGGUACUACUUCACCAACCUGUGUUGUGCAGUGGCCUUCAUAGAGAAGCUGGAUGGCCAGUCCCUGAACCUGAGCACUGAAGAAUUUGAGCUCUACAUGUCAGGCCAGGUGUCCCCCCAGCGGUGCCAGACUGCCCCCUCCCCCGCAGAAAGUGGUGCCCUCAGCCAGAUGAACGAGCGUCUGGACCUGCUGACGGGACUGGGGGUGAGGCAGGAACGCCUCAUGGAGGGGGCUCGACGCCUGGAGAGUGACCUGAUUGACUGGAGGGACGGGGUGCAGGGUGUGUUAGAAAGGUUCCCCCUGGAGACACACCCAGCUGCCUCCUCCAUGGCUUCCUCCUCUGCUAUAGAUGCUGAAAAUGUGGAGAAUGACCUUCUGCCGCCUCCUCUCCAGCCCCAGUUGUUCGCUGGAUGACUCCCAACCCCUAACACUCACCCUCUGGACUAGUUAGUCUUUCUCUCCAUCCUUGAAAGGGGUUCUUAUGAACAUAUAGGUUCCCAGUAUUGGAGCCAAGAACCUCUCCCUAUUGUAUGCACACUUAAAAUGGAUGCAGUCACUUGUAUCCCAGUAAUCUUAAAUAGCGUCCUUUGUCAGUCUGUCUUUGGGAACCAGUUAAGACCAAUAUUAUUAAUGGUCAUGGAGGAAAGAAGGAAACAUUUUAAUGCUAUUGGGACAGCCUCCUUAAUCCCCCUUGUUGCCUAACCCCCCCAUUACUUUUUAAAGCUUUUUGGACCGAAACUCGAGUGAGAGGGAUCAGUUGGGAUUGCGUAUUAGUAUAGUGUUUCCCCUAGGGUCGUUUUCAGCACUGUGGGCAGAGUGGGGAAUGGCACAGUCUUAGAGCCACAGUAUUGGGCUGCAGACACAAAUGUAGCUGUUCUUAAGCAAAAUUCUUGCAAUUCUAAAUAUUCACAUGGGUUGGACAGAAGCCCCUGCUGCUAAAUGAAUAAGCGAUAUCUCUCAAACCUCUUCCUGGGAACCCACAUCCUUUCCAUGUAUUACAUGUAUUCCAGAGCUAGCACACCUAAAUCAGCUUGUCAAAUAAUUAUCAAGCCCUUGACUACUUAAUUCAGGUGUGCUAGUUCAGGGCUACAACACAACUGUAAGAUGUCAGUUUCCCCUGGAGAGGUAUAAGAACCAUUGAUAUAGGGGAAACAUUAAUGUACCGUGUUUGCACGGCUUUAUGCGCUUGUGCUCCUAUUUAUAUAGAAUUAUCCAGAACCAAAUUCCUAUGAAAGGUGUCCAUUAAUAUAUGUUCUGUAAGUCUUUAGUUUAAUAUUCCUGCCAAACCUCUUUUGUCAUACAAUCAGUUUAGAGCAGUUAUUUAACAUGUCAUUUGUGCAGAACUUAAUUCUUCAGGAUGCAAUACAGUUAAUAUUUACAUUAGUCUUGAUUUUAAAUCAUACAAGUCUUUGUGAAAUGUGAAUGAAUUAUUAAUUAACAUUAAUAACUUUAUUUUUUGUAUUUUCAUUCAGACUUGCUACAGUCUUAGAGUUAACAAUGAUGUACUGUACCUUAUUCCAAUGGGUACAUUCUUGCAUAUCAAUGCUUAAAUUUUAUUUAUUUUUUACAUAAGAAAGCACUUCAAAGCAUAGAUGAUUACAUCCCUUUUACUGUUGUCUUCAUAUGAGUUUGACUUAAAACCGCUGCUUGGUCAGGGAAAGAAAGACUGCAGUUUCUCAGUUGCCAUAUUUACAAUGUUUUUUCUGUAUCUAAGAAUAGCAUUUAGUAAAUAUAUUAUUUUAUAGUGGAGUAUUGCAUUUUUUACAAUGUUCCAUGUCAGUUUAACCAUUCAGGGUGGAUCGAUUAGCGUUGUUAGAUGAAUAUUAUUUUUAAUGCAACAAAAAAGUCAAAUGUAUUGCUGCCUAUAUAUUUUCUAUUUAACCAAUAAUAUUCAUAUUGUUGACUGUUAUUGCAUUUGUAAAUAUCAGCUCAUUAUAGUAGUUCCAAACCCUGGGUGCCAAAGUCCAUUUGGUCCUAUAUAAACACUAGCUGAAUUAGUUACCAUUGGACAACACACACCACUGAUCAGGUUUUUUUUUUUAGAAGGCAUUAUAAAAUGGAAAAAUAGGAUCUGUACAACCCUGUAAGUUUGUUUUCGUCUGUUUCAAAAAGUCAUACUGUUUGUAUUUAAAUGUAACUUAUUGAGACAGUGUUGUUUUAUAUUGUCCUAGUGUUUGUUGUCUUGAUGAAUAAA